GUUUAAUGGUUACAACACCUCCUUUUUUUUCCCAUUUCUCUCUCAUUCUCUCUCUUCGUCCUUUCUAUUUUUAUGCGUUGUGUGUUUUGUCUGGGGCGGAGGGACGAGGAACGAUGAAGAUGAAAAGCCAACCGCGGCUUCCUCCUCCUUCCUUCUCUCUCUGAAACUGGAGAAGAAGCAGUAGACGAAGACGAAGAAGCCGCAGCAGCUGCGGAGGGAGCUGUGGCAUGGAACAAGAGCUGGCCAUGCUCCGCCAGCUCAUUGCUCAGCUCCAAGACCUCUUGAACUUCUACGGCUCUCCUCCUCCGCCGCCGCUCCGCCAUCUCAACAACCACCACCUCCUCCUCCCUCACAAUGACAGAUGCUGUGUCCUCAACAUGGAAGAUGGCUCUGCAGAUGACUACUGCGGUCUCCUGAUGGCUGCCGAAAAGCCAGAAACUUUCACAGUGUUGGAACCCACCAAGCCUCCACCCGCAAAGAAAUUACGGAAAGAGCGUAGUACUCGAGGCAAAUUCCCUUGCCCUACUAGCACAACAGAGGCCAUGGAAGCUGAAAUCUGGAAGGAUUUCCCAGAAGACCUCUUCCAACCCGUCAUUGCCAGACUACCCGUUCCUACAUUCUUCCAGUUCCGUUCGGUCUGCAAGAAAUGGAACUCUUUGUUGCACUCUGAGAGCUUCUACCACCACUCCACGCGAGCUCCACAACCCGACCCAUGGUUCUACACAAUAACUCACGAAAACGCAAACUCAGGAGCCAUGUACGAUCCUUCCUCGAAGAAAUGGUACCACCACCCUACGGUUUCCUCUCUCCCAGAUAAGGCGAUCGUCUUGCCGGUGGCUUCAGCAGGAGGGCUUGUCUGCUUCCUCGAUAUCGGCCAUAGAAACUUCUACGUCUGCAACCCUCUAACUGGUUCUGUCAGAGAGCUGCCUGCUCGUUCAGUCAAGGUAUGGUCCCGUGUUGCCGUUGGGAUGACCUUCAACCGGAAUGCGUAUAAGAUUCUAUGGGUGGGUUGUGACGGUGAGUACGAGGUUUAUGACUCGAUCAGCAACUCGUGGACUCGACCUGGUUCAAUGCCAGCCAGCAUCAAGCUUCCGUUAUCUCUAAACUUCCGGUCUCAGGUGGUUUCAGUUGAGAACACUCUGUACUUCAUGCGUUCUGAUCCCGAGGGGAUUGUCUCGUAUGAUGUGGCUUCCGGAAUGUGGUCCCAGUUCGAGAUUCCUGCCCCCUUACAUCUGAACGAUCAGGCGCUGGCAGAGUGCUCUGGCCGGAUCAUGCUGGUGGGCCUGCUGACGAAGAACGCAGCUACGUGUGUGUGUAUAUGGGAGCUGCAGAGGAUGACGAUGCUGUGGAAGGAGGUAGACAGAAUGCCAAACUUGUGGUGCUUGGAGUUUUACGGGAAGCACGUGAGGAUGACUUGCUUGGGCAACAAGAAAGGUUUGCUUAUGCUGUCAUUGAGGUCGAGACAGAUGAACCGGCUGGUCACGUACGACGUGGCGAGCGGUGAGUGGGAUAAGGUUCCAAGUUGCUUGGUGCCAAGUGGAGGUAGGAAGAAGCAGUGGAUCGCCUGUGGCACUGCCUUUCAGCCUUCACCUACUGCCGUGGCCUGAUAUUCAUCAGACUCCCUCCCUCUAUGCAUGGUUCCGUUCUUUCUCUUCUUUUUCUCUUUUGUUUUGAUCGACAAACGAACAAUCUGUAAGACUGCAACUGUCUGCAUCCUGUUUCGUCGAUCAAGUAGAAAACGGUGCAUUCGUUUUUCUUUGGUUUGUAGCCGUUGAUUGUACAGACUAUGUUGUGAACGAAUAACUUGUUAUGUUUGCAGAGACUAUUGAAUUGCUUGCAAUUGGUUGAAAGUGGCAGUCUGAUCACUGAUGGUUUUCCUGGUGAUUGAUGCAUUUUAACUCCCCGUUUGUUAAGCAAAUUCGUGUCAUUUUCACUGUUCGGGGGCACAUCGGAUCGAACUGUGAGACACACAAAGAAGGGGCGAACUUAGGAGUUGUUGCUCAAAGAAUAACGAGGGACCGAACGAACUGUUUAUUAAGAUUCCUGAAAAUCACAGUACACGAACACAUUAUCUUUACUCUUUUUCAUCGUUACAUGCUAUAUAGAUAAG